GGAGGGCAGGAGAGCAACCAAGGCGAGGGCGUCCAGGAGCAGGACGAGCAGGAGCAACCAAGGCGAGGGCGUCCAGGAGCAGGACGGGCUGGAGGAGGCAGGAGGAGGAGACGCCUGUUAGUUCGUCAACUGCCAUGUGCUCUCGAAGAACACUGGACGGGAGACUGAUCGAGAAGUGCUGCGAGGAUGCAACUCAAGGAGUUUUAUGGCAAGUAUGGCAGGUUAACAAGAAGAUAUCACGGGUGCUGGUGUGUGAAGUGGCUGGAUGAAGAUGAAGCCAUCGCCCAGGCUCUCGGGCAGAGGUUUGAGAAACCAGGGGCGAGGUCGCUGUGUAAGCUGGGCAGCGAGUACCAUGAUACGUGGUUGUGCUAUGUGAGUGCGGAGGAGCUUGCUUCUUUGUCUCAUACCACGAGGAAGCAAAAUCAGUGAAGACACUUCAAUCGUCAAGAAACGGAUGGACAGACAGAAAGAUGUAGAUUGUGUAGAUGACUAUGACGAUGCAACUAUGAAGAAUGAUGGUAGCAGUGAAUUACGUCAUGUUCAUCCUGUAACAACUGAUUGUUGACUUGCAAGCCUGAGCAACUGCAGGCUACAGGAAAGAGAACAAGGAGAGCUGAGUGAACCUCAAUAUCCUCUUGGCCCUUCAGUUGCUCCCUUAUCUGGGCUGUCGAGACGAACAGUGAUGGCAUGGCACAAGUGCUGUGGAGAGCGAUAGAGGAUUCUUACAGACAACUUCUCAUCUUCAGGAUAUUGAUAUGUUGAAAAUCAUAUUGAAAUGAAAAUCUUUUGC